UUUAAAUUAAUAAAAAACCCUACCACCAUCAUCAUCACCGCCCCACCCCACUACCUGGAAGGUAAUUAAGGAGCAGAAUCAGUCAACCCCAGAAGGUCUGAUUUCUACAGACCAGGUUCCGCAAAAUGUAGAGAAAGGCUGAGUCUGGAAAAGGCUUGGUGAGGGCAUAAAGAAGAGGAAGGGUUGAGGUCCUGUUUCUCAUGGAUUACUAGAAUUACAGUUUCCUGGAAUGCUUUGACACAAUUCAGAUUUUUGGAACGAUAUAUGUUUCAGUCUAUCUUUUAUACAUUAUUUCAGCUCAUAUCAGGGUGUAAAACAAGAUUAAUCAUUACUCAUUUCCCGCACCUUAGUAUCUAACACCGGUAGGGGGCAUGGCACAGAGGAUGCCAUUAAAGAACCCCAAGGGUUUAAAGCUGUAACAGCAGGUCCUGAAAGGCUUGAAGCACCAGGGAGAAGACAGAAUCUGAAAAAACACACGAAUUUACCGCCCAGAACCGAUGUCUCCUAUAAUUAUCCUGGAGCCUGCGGGCGGUUGCCUCUGCGACCAGCCAGUGAACAUAGCCGUGCGCGGACUGGCCCCUGAGCAGCCCGUCACCCUGCGCGCCGCCCUGCACGACGAGAAAGGCGCGCUCUUCCGCUCCCACGCGCGCUACCGCGCGGACCCCCACGGCGAGCUGGACUUGGCGCGUGAGCCCGCGCUGGGCGGCAGCUUCGCGGGGCUCGAGCCCAUGGGGCUGCUCUGGGCCAUGGAGCCCGAUCGGCCUUUCUGGCGCCUGAUCAAGCGCGACGUGCAGACGCCCUUCGUGGUGGAGCUGGAGGUGCUGGACGGCCACGAGCCCGACGGCGGGCGGCUGCUGGCGCGGGCGGUGCACGAGCGUCACUUCAUGGCUCCCGGGGUGCGGCGCGUGCCCGUGCGCGAGGGCCGUGUGCGCGCCACGCUCUUCCUGCCUCCAGGAAAUGGACCCUUUCCUGGGAUCAUAGACCUUUUUGGAGUUGGAGGUGGCCUUCUGGAGUAUCGAGCAAGUCUUUUGGCUGGGAAGGGUUUUGCUGUCAUGGCCCUGGCUUAUUAUAACUACGAUGACCUCCCCAAGGGCACGGAUAUCUUUCACCUGGAGUACUUUGAGGAAGCCGUGAACUACCUGCUCAGUCACCCUCAGGUAAAAGGUCCAGGAAUUGGGAUGCUUGGGAUUUCCAAAGGGAGUGAACUUGGCCUUGCUAUGGCCUCCUUCCUGAAGGGCAUCAAGGCUGCUGUCUUCAUCAAUGGCUCUGUGGCCGCUGUUGGGAACACCAUAAACUAUAAGAAUGAGACUAUCCCUCCUCUAUCUUUUUUGAGAGAUCGAUUCAAAGUAACCAAAGAUGGUCUCUUGGAUGUUGUGGAUGGGCUUCAAAGCCCUUUGGUAGAGACGAAGAGCAUCAUCCCUGUGGAAAGGUCUGACACCACCUUCCUGUUCCUUGUGGGUCAGGAUGACCACAACUGGAAGAGCGAGUUCUAUGCCAAUGAGAUCUCCAAACGCUUACAGGCCCAUGGCAAGGAGAAGCCUCAGAUCAUCUGCUACCCAGAAGCGGGGCACUAUAUUGAGCCCCCUUACUUCCCCCUGUGCAAGGCUGGCAUGCACGUCCUGGUGGGUACUAAUAUCACCUUUGGAGGGCAGCCUAAGCCUCAUGCCAUGGCCCAGGUCCAUGCGUGGCAGCAACUCCAGACUUUCUUCCACAAACAUUUGGGUGGUGAAGAGAGGAUGAUCCCAGCAAAACUGUGAUUUUUAUUUAAGUUUUAUUUAACAUCUCUAAGGCAGGUGUCUCCUGGGAAUAGCCUCCACUCUGUGUGUGUGUGUGUUUAUCUUUUAUAUAAAUGUAGAGGUUCUUCCCCCCCCCCCAUUUUUUUAACUACAGGCCUUGUUAGUCUGGGAGGGGAGUUAUUGGGCAGAAAGCUUAAGGUGUGGCAAAAGCUGAUCUCUCCGUGGCUCAGUCUCAGGUGACAGGAGCUGCAGCUCUGAGAGAAAGGCUGAGUCACCGUUGCAGUCCUGGAGCUCAGUAAUAAUUUGCUAAAUGGCUGAUUAAAAAAUAAAUGAUUACCUAAUGUUUAAACAAA